AAAGCCCCGAUCGGGCUGCUGCUGAUGAUGGGUGACGUUUACCGCCAUCUCAGUGGAUCAAGCAGCCAAUUCCAAAACCGCUAUGAAUGAGUUUAAACGCUUUUCGAGCAGCGUUUUUCAUAUUUAUUAUAAAUAUGAAUAUAUAUAUAUUUAUGCGUGUAUUUUGUUUUGGCCCGAAUUUUAUUUAAUAUAAUCGCAUUUUGCUUACGCACAAAUAUCUUAAGCUCGUGGAUAUUUAGUACAACGCGUCAUCAACGCAGCUCAACGGCGGAUUAGAAACGACGGCGACGACGAGGACGGCGACGUCGGCAACUGCGCCUACAUAUUCCAGUUUUGGAUGCUACGAGUAUAAAAAGCCUCCGACGCUCAAAGACAAUCAAACAGUGUGAAUUAGACAACUGAAUCAACAUGUUCAAGCUUUCACUGUGCCUUAUCGCCGCUCUGCUGGUCUGCGCCCAGGCGGACAACAUUAACCGGGACGCUCAAAUUCUGAGCGAACGCAGCGAACCAGCCGAUCCGGAGGGCAACUAUGUGUACAGCUUCGAGACAAGCAAUGGCAUCCAACAGCAGGAGUCGGGCAAUGCCAAUGGCGCCGCCGGCACCUACGCUUUCGUGUCUGAUGAUGGCCAAAAAUACGAGGUGACAUAUACCGCCGAUGAGAAUGGAUACCAUCCCAGUGGCAGUCAUUUGCCCACGCCUCCACCAAUUCCUGAGGCCAUACUUAGGUCAUUGGAGUACAUUGCAGCGCAUCCACCAGCACGCCAGUAGAGUUAAUAUUAAAAACAGUUUUAAUAAAUCAUAAAAUAGAGUACAAUAAACCAAAAGUUAAACCUGAGCCAA